AUGCCAAAAUGCGAAACACAUUUCGGGUUCAAGUUGCUGAUGGUGAUUGUUGCCGUUGCCGCUGCCGCUGCCGCUGCUGCUGCCGCUGCUGCUACUGAUUGUGUUGUUGGACUUAUCAACACGCCGAUCACUUGCGACAGUUUCCGUUUUGCCUCAGAUACUCACCCAUAUACACAGGACCUAAUUGCCCCGCACCCAGUUACAGUUACAGUUCCAUUCCCACAAAACCCAUACCCAAACCCCCCGCUCAAGGUGAGCAAUGUAAAAACUUCCUGUGCACUCAUUUAG